AUGGCGUCGGUGGCCCGUGGCACGCCCUUGUGUGGACUUGUUCAGGACUACAGGGGUACUAAAAUAACCGCGUUCAAAGCCUCACAGAAUACGCCCGAGAGAAUUGAGCCGCAUCGGAAUCUCGCCGGAGGGUUUUCUACAUCUGCUGAGAUGACUAUUUUAUGUUUGGAUGGCGACCUGUCGAAGAACCAAGUACUAGAGAAUAUACCAGCACAAACACUGAAGAAAUUUGGAAGAAUAGAUGCACUAAUCAACAAUGCUGGUGAAGCAUUCCAUCCAGAUAAGAUGUCACUGUUUGAUUCAUCAAUGUUUGACCGUAUCCUCAGCGUUAAUCUCAGGGCACCUGUAGUCCUUUCAAAACACGCAUUAGAAGCCCUCAAAGUCACCAAAGGAAGUAUCCUGAAUGUAUCCAGUGUCACAGUCAACAACUACCGAAUGCUGACUUAUGGCGUCUCAAAGGCAGGACUGGAACAUUUCACAAAGGCUCUUGCUUUAGAGGUGGCAUCGGCAGGGGUACGGGUUAACUGCAUAAAAUCAGGCGCUAUGAUGACCCCUGUGUGGGGACGGUUUGGCAAACUCACGGAGGAACGAGAGAAACAGCUGGAGAAGAGCCUCACCCACUAUUUCCACCCCAUCCGGCGUCUUACAACCCAAGAAGACAUCAACCACGCCGUUACGUUCAUGUUGUCGGACAAGGCAAGUUUCAUAACUGGUGCCAGCAUACCAGUAGCUGGAGGAGCUCACAUGCCCUUUGACGGUCGUGCCUUGCAACAUCUCGAAAACAAGUACGGUUCCAGUGACCCUUUCCUGAUGCCUGCACGUGAAUAG